CUUGUGUACAAGUCAAGCAACUCCGUAUCCGAUAACCGACCGACCUUCUUAACUUUAACUAUACUCAGAGUACUACCGCCGCCGACGAUCGCAAGUCCCUGAACCUGGAAUUUCCAAUUCUAUAAUGUCAUGGUUCGUUCGAUCCAUGGCCAACUCCCUCAAGCUAGACGACGGCGGCGGCGGCGGCGACGAAGGACACCCUGUGAACAAAAGCACGGACGUCCUGACUAAUAAGAAACACGAACAACAAGUUAACGACGAUAAUUCGCCUCAAUCUCCAGGACGAGGCGUAAAAGAAGACCUAUCAGAGAUCACCAGAACCCUAACUCGACAACUCUGGGGCGUCGCUUCAUUUCUUUCCCCUUCGCUUCCCCCCGGACACUCUAAUGAGCGAUCGGAGUCGUCCGAUCCAGAAGCUUCUGCUCCAGAAGCGAUAUCUGGUAUACGCAGAGACUUCGCCGAGAUCGGGGGGAAGUUCCGUACUGGAAUUGCUAAGCUGUCUAACAAUUUAGAUGUGUCGGAGAUUACGAAAAUGGCUUCGAGUUUUCUUGAGCUGGAAUCGGACGAUGACGAUUACGGUUCAACUGAUGACGAUGGUGCCGUUGGCGUUACGGAUGAGGUUGUGGCUUUUGCUACGGAUAUUGCAAUGCACCCUAAGACUUGGUUGGAUUUUCCUUUACUGAAGGAUGAAAACGAUGAUGAAGAUUUUGACCUAUCUGAUGCCCAACAAGAGCAUGCUUUGGCUGUUGAACGUUUAGCGCCAAGAUUGGGUGCUCUUAGGAUUGAGCUCUGCCCAGCUUAUAUGAGUGAGAGUUCCUUUUGGAAGAUAUAUUUUGUACUUUUGCAUCCUAGGUUUGAACGCCAUGCUGCUGAACUUCUUUCAACACCCAAGAUUGUGAAAGUCAGAGCCUCACUAGCAUAUGAGUUGAAGAACCGUUUUUAUCCGGAAUCCAAGAAAGAAGGGCCAAGAAGCAAUUUUUAUCCUGAAAAUAUGCUUGAUUCUGCACCUGGAGAGCGUCAUUCUGUCCCAUCCAGCACCAAGUUAGAAUCUGUCCCCCUUGAGAUAUCUGCAAUCGAGACUGGCACCCCCACUAUAUUAGCUAAUGAAGAGACUGAAAAACACCCUAUCCACAGUGAUGAGAUUCAGAUUGUAGACAAAUCUGUGAUUCAAGAGGAGCCUCACAAUCAGAAUAGGGGUUCCAAUGUCACCUCAGUUGCAAUGGAAGGUAAAGAUGAGACAGAUGAUUGGUUAAAGGAAGAAAACUCGGAGAUUGUUGGAGGUAGAAUUACCAUUCCUAUCGAGAAUGAUGAGGAUGUGUCGUUUAGUGAGCUUGAGGAUGAUGAUGAUGAUGAUGAUGAUGAUGGAAACAUACCUAUAAAUUACAAGAAACCAACAUAUGGCUCUGAUUCUUCAACAAAAGACUCACGAGGUUGGGUUCAGUUGGGUCGAAGCUCCACUGGUUUGGGUAAGGACAGCCACUCUUCGACGAUUGAACGUGGUGGGUCUGGACAAGUAAGCAUUCAUAACUCUGAAAGGAAGGAACCUAACGAUUGGCUUGAUGUUGUCGACAUUGAUGAUAUCAAACAUUUUUCUAACUCAUAAUUGUUGGACUAAUCGUGUAUGGCGGCGUAAAUAGUUUGUUUGUUUACAGUUUCUCAAGCGUAACUACAGCUUCUGAUGUGUAUUGAUCUGGGGAAAUACGUGCCCACUUAAAGUGUGGAUUAUGAUGGUCAAUUCUGAUUUCUUGCAAGUUGCAUAUGUGAUAUGCCUGUGAUUUCAAGUCGUUAAGAGUAAGGAGCCGUUUACCGAAUGCUUACAGAGUGAG